AUGAUCAAUCCCUUCGCAGUUCGUUACAGUGCCGGUGCCGGCUCCGCCUGGAUUCAGGGAGAGCCGGAGAUCGAGGAGAUGCUGCGCGAUGCAGUCAUCCAGGCGGUACUGAAACGCGACGGACUGACGGAAGAGGAUGUGAUCGCCGCGAUCGCCCUUGGUCUUCAACAGCACGGCGGCUUCCUUCCCAUGCUGCGCAUCGCAAGCCUUGGCGAGUGCAUGAUCGAGCUUUCGGAAAGCGCCGGUGGCCCGGAAAACGGCCGGGAAGCAGGGGCCGCCGCCAUGCAGCGCACCUUCGGCGGGGACACCCUGAACACCGCGGUCUAUCUCGCCCGCGCGCUGGCGCCGGAAAGCGGCCGGGUCUCCUACGUGACGGCCCUGGGCGACGAUCCGUUCAGUUCGGAGAUGAUCGCAGCCUGGCAGCGCGAAGGCCUGGAAACCGGCCUGGUCGCACGGCUGCCGGGCAGGUUGCCGGGUCUCUACAUCAUCCGCACCGAUGGGCAGGGCGAACGGACCUUCCAUUACUGGCGCAGCGCCGCCGCCGCCCGCGACAUGCUUCAGGCGGAGCGGACGGCCGGUCUGGCCGAGGCCCUCGCCGGCUUCGAUCUGAUCUAUCUGUCUGGGAUCACACUGGGAAUCCUCGAUGCCGGAAGCCGGGAACGGCUCUACGAACUGCUUGAGCGCCUUCGCGCCGGCGGCAGCCGCCUCGCCUUCGACACCAACUACCGCCCGCGGCUGUGGCGCGACCCCUCGGAGGCGCAGGAGGCGGUGCGCCGCACGCUGUCCCUGGCCGACCUGGCUCUGCCGACCCACGAAGACGAGGCGGCGCUGUUCGGCGACACAUCGCCCGAGGCCACGGCCGAGCGGCUGCACAGCCUGGGGGUCGGCGAAGUGGUGGUCAAGUGCGGCGCUGGGCCUUGCCUUGUCAGUGUUGAAGGCCGGCAGUCAAGGGUUGCCGGCGAGACGGUCGCGCGGCCGGUGGACACCACCGCCGCCGGGGACUCCUUCAACGGCGCCUAUCUGGCGGCGCGCCUGGGCGGCAGCGGUGCCGAAGAGGCCGCCGCAGCGGGCCACGCCCUCGCCGGCCGGGUGAUCCGGACCAAGGGCGCGAUCAUCCCGGCGCCGGAGAUCCCAAGUGCAUCCUACAUUAGCACUCUUGAAACGAGAGUGCUAAGAUCGUCCCAAUCCACACCAAACGUCCACACCAAAAAAGGGGAAAGUUCGAUGAAAUUCAGGCCUUUGCAUGACCGGGUCGCCGUUCGCCGCGUCGACGAAGAAGAGAAGACCGCCGGUGGCAUCAUCAUCCCGGACACCGCCAAGGAAAAACCCAGCCAGGGUGAGGUCAUCGCCGUCGGGCCCGGCGCACGCAACGACAAGGGCGAACUGAUCGCGCCGGACGUGAAGGUCGGCGAUCUGGUUCUCUUCGGCAAGUGGUCCGGCACCGAGGUGAAGGUCGGCGGUGAAGACCUCCUGAUCAUGAAAGAGUCCGACAUCAUGGGCGUGCUCGAAAAGACCAAGGAGCAUCCCAAGAUGGCUGCAAAAGACGUCAAGUUUUCGACCGAUGCCCGCGAGCGCAUGCUGCACGGCGUCGACGUUCUGGCGGAUGCGGUCAAGGUCACCCUGGGUCCCAAGGGCCGCAACGUCGUUCUCGACAAGUCCUUCGGUGCCCCGCGGGUGACCAAGGACGGCGUGACCGUCGCCAAGGACAUCGAACUGAAGGACAAGUUCGAGAACAUGGGCGCCCAGAUGGUCCGCGAGGUCGCGUCCAAGACCAGCGAUAUCGCCGGCGACGGCACCACCACGGCCACGGUACUGGCCCAGGCGAUCGUCCGCGAGGGCGUGAAGGCGGUGGCCGCCGGCAUGAACCCGAUGGACCUGAAACGGGGUAUCGACAGCGCCGUGGAAGCCGUGGUGGCUGACCUGCAGAAGCGUUCCCGCAGAAUUGCGUCCAACGACGAAAUCGCCCAGGUCGGCACGAUCUCGGCCAACGGCGAUGCCGAGGUCGGGGCAAUGCUGGCCGAGGCCAUGGAGCGCGUCGGCAACGAGGGCGUGAUCACGGUCGAAGAGGCCAAGUCGCUGGAGACCGAACUGGAAGUGGUCGAAGGCAUGCAGUUCGACCGCGGCUACCUCUCGCCCUACUUCGUCACCGAUGCCGACAAGAUGCAGGCGGUGCUGGAAGACCCCUACAUCCUGGUCCACGAGGCCAAGCUCAGCGGGCUGCAGUCCAUGCUGCCGCUGCUGGAAUCGGUGGUGCAGUCCGGCAAGCCGGUGCUGGUGAUCGCCGAGGAUGUGGAGGGCGAGGCGCUCGCCACCCUGGUGGUGAACCGCCUGCGCGGCGGCCUGAAGGUGGCGGCGGUCAAGGCGCCGGGCUUCGGCGACCGGCGCAAGGCCAUGCUGCAGGACAUCGCCAUCCUGACCGGCGGCACCGCGGUCUCGGAAGACGUCGGGAUCAAGCUGGAGAACGUCACCCUGGACAUGCUGGGCCGCGCCAAGCGGGUGAUCAUCACCAAGGACGAGACCACCAUCGUCAGCGGCGCCGGCAAGAAGAGCGACAUCCAGGCCCGCUGCAGCCAGAUCAAGGCGCAGAUCGAGGAAACCACCUCGGACUACGACCGCGAAAAGCUGCAGGAGCGCCUGGCCAAGCUGUCCGGCGGCGUGGCGGUGAUCCGCGUCGGCGGCGCCACCGAGGUCGAGGUGAAGGAGCGCAAGGACCGCGUCGACGACGCGCUUCAUGCGACCCGUGCCGCGGUCGAGGAAGGCAUCGUGCCGGGCGGCGGCGUCGCCCUGCUGCGCGCGGCCGCCAAGCUCGACAAGCUGGAGGGCGAAAACGAGGACCAGAAAGUCGGCAUCCGCAUUGUCCGCAAGGCGCUGGAGUCGCCGCUGCGCCAGAUCGCGGUCAAUGCCGGCGCCGACGGCUCCAUCGUGGUCGGCAAGGUGCGCGAGCAGAAGGACCAGCAGGCGGGUUACAACGCCCAGAGCGGCCGCUACACCAACCUGGUGAAGGACGGCGUUAUCGACCCCACCAAGGUGGUGCGCGCGGCCCUGCAGGAUGCGGCCUCCAUCGCCGGUCUGCUGAUCACCACGGAAGCCAUGGUCGCCGAAAAGCCGGAAGACAAGGCCCCGGCCAUGCCCGGCGGCGCCCCCGGAAUGGGCGGCAUGGGCGAUAUGGGCUUCUAA